AUGGGAAAACUCAUCCCCAAUGCUUUCAACCUUGCUGUUGUCGUAUUUGUUGCCCUCGGGUCUACUUCAUGCUCCUAUGGCAUGGCAAUCAUCGGUUCGACUAUCGGACAGCCGAGUUUCUAUAAGUCUCUUAGCCUAGCUGCCGCUGGUGAACCUGGGUAUAGCCGUACCUCUGAAUAUAUUGGUGCUUUUAAUGGUGUCAAUGCCGCUGGAUCGGCCAUAGGGGCUGCAGGCUGUUCCUAUCUUGCCGACAAAUAUAGUCGAAAGAAGACCAUACAAUGGGCAGCAAUCGUUCUUACCGUCGGUGCCGCAAUCUGUGCCGGAUCUGUCAACAGCGGCAUGUUCAUGGCAGGCAGAGUGAUCAAUGGCUUCGGAAUUGGGGCCCUGGUCACCGCGAUUCCAAUGUAUCAAGCCGAAGUUUCCACCCCAGAAUCCCGAGGCUUCAUGGUUUCAAUGCAUGGUGUUAUGUUUGCUGUUGGAUAUUCCCUCUCGGCAUGGCUGGGCUUCGGCGUAUCUUUCAUCUCCACCAGUGGAUCUCCAUCUUCAUUUCCAUGGCGCUUUCCAAUCGCUUUCCAGAUGGUGCCCGCACUGCUGCUACUUAUCGGAUCACCGUGGUUGCCUUUUAGCCCUCGGUGGCUCAUGAUGCAGGACCGCUUUGACGAAGCCCACGAAGUGCUCAAGCGCCUCCACCGAACCAAAGGCGAUCCUCACGAUUCACUGGCUCGUAAGGAGUUUUACCAGAUGAGAAAACAGGUCGAGCUUGAUCGCCAGAUCAAAUCCACCACCUCGAGGUGGGAGAUCUUCAAGACUCCCGCAAAUCGACGCCGGGCUGCCGUUGGUUUCCUGCUCAUGUGGAACAACCAGUUCACCGGUGUGUUGAUUAUCGCAAAUUAUGGUGUCCUUCUAUACAUCUCUCUUGGAAUGACUGGAUAUAUGCCUCUCCUCCUUACCUCCCUGUGGGUCACCUCGACCUUGCCAGGCAAUUUGUUUUGUGCUUUCUACAUCGAGAGAUUUGGUCGUCGGAAAUUCAUGCUCAUUGGCUUGAGCGGGAUUCUCGUCUCUUUGGUCUGCGAGAUCGCCCUCCAAGCAGAGUUCCUGGGAACAACGAAUCGAGCAGGGCAGAAUGCGGCGAUUUUCUUUAUCUUCUUAUUCAUCACUCCAUUCUGGAGCACUUUUAUGGACGCUAGUCAAUUCCUCUAUCUAUCUGAGAUCUUCCCAACCCACAUUCGAAGCCAAGGCAUGGGUGUUGGAAUGUCUGGGUUAUACCUUGCAGACAUCAUCCUGCUCGUUGCCGGACCUAUUGCGCUCGAAAAGAUCGGCUGGAAGUUCUUCCUUGUCUUGAUCAUUCCAACCGCCUUUAAUAUUGCAUUCGUGUACUUUUUCUGCCCAGAGACCAAGGGUCGCAGUCUCGAGGACAUCAACGCACAAUUUGGCGAUGCUGUUGCCAUCCACUACUACGGCGCCACGGCUGAGGAGCAAGCUGAACUUGAGAAGGCUGCUAUGGAAGACGAGGAGAAAGAGAGGGGUGCGGUUCGCAACUCGUUCGGUGAGAAAGGCGAAACUGCUCAACAGGAAGUUGUGGCUUCGAAGACUUGA